UGAGGAGUGCAAUCCGCUCUACGCCGUUGACGUGUUAACCCUUCGUCGCUGGCUACUGUUCUCGGGCAACAGCGUGACUCAACGGCAAGCACGAGGACCGGUAGAGGGGUCGGAACAACCCCACCGCAAAUAAAGUCCAAGGCAUUACCCCUGCCUUGGACAAAGCGAUGGCCGAAAGAAGCAACCGCUGCCCCCGAACAGCCGCCGCAACCACCGUUGAUCAUGGUGGUCGGCCGCGGAAUCCCCCCUCGGCCCUUCGCCGCGGGGCCGCGACUCCUCUUCGUCGACCUAAAUUCCGGAAACCGGUCAAGGUCGUCCCUCGCUCCUUCUCCGAGCCUGUCCUUCGGACUGUCCCCUUUUGCGCGGAAGAAAUCAAGCAGAGCCUGGGGGGUGAUGUUGGGAUAGGACGAUCGGCGUUUCUCCUUCCUCGGUUCCGAACUUGUUUCGAGGCGCCGUCCCCUCUUCCGUGUCUCGAUUCGCGGCUGUUUUUUGAUGAGGGAGCGAAAGUAGUGGUGAGCGUGACGGUGGAGGGGAGCCCGGGGCCGGUGAGGGCGAUGGUGAGGAUGGGGGCGAGCGUGGAGGAGGCGAUCGCCGCCGUGGUGGACAAAUACAGCAGGGAGGGGCGGACUCCCUUUCUGGGUCGGGAGGCCGCUGCCUCCUUCCAGCUCCACCAUUCCCACUUCAGCCUCCAGAGCUUAAGCAAAAGUGACAAAAUUAGUGAAGUUGGGGGCAGGAAUUUUUAUCUUCGGACGAGCAGCAGAAGCAGCAGUUUCCACUUCGCAGGUGAAGCCAGUGACCUAACAUCACAGAGCAGCAGCAUCGAACUAGCAAAUGGCAGCUCUUCUGUUGUUGUUCCAUCCCACUCCUUCGUCUCAUUUGUCAUGAAAAAGAUGCAGAAGAUUGGAAGGCGAACAAGGAAGCUUUGGAAUUUGGUGGUUGGUAUUGCCUGUUUAUGAAGUGCAAUGAUCUGAAUUACGGCCAUCUACUUGAUGUUGCUUGUAUAUAUACAUAUAUAUCUCUCUCGGGAACAACCAUUUGCUUAUUUGAUAAUGGUUGUUUCAUGGUGUCAAAUAUACCUAAUAUGAAGUAAGGAAGAUAUCAAAGAUCAUUGUAUAGGGCACUUUUGGAAGUUUUAUCCGGUAAUGCAAGUAGUAGCAUUCAGCUAUGACAUUUGACUUGUAAGCACGUCGAAUAACAUUCAUUCUACUUUCUUUUUAUUUAUUUG